UAGAAUGACGCACAAUAGAAAUACCUUCUCGGUGAAAUUUUGUUCGAGAACUACGCACGCAGUUUUUUGUGCUCCACAAAAUUUCGGAUUUUUUUUCGCUUAAUAUUGCAUAUUCUCUAAAAACGACGAGACAUACGUCUCUGUUCCUAGUAGGAGAAUAUAUCGCGGUGAGAGUUGAUUCGAAAUUAGAAGAAGAUCAGCUUGGAUUCGGCUAAAUCGUUAUUGAAUAUCGGAGUAAGAAAGAUGGCAGCUGUAGGUACGAGGAAAGCCCAGUCUGCGGGCGGACCGGACGGUUCGGCAGAGGUGGAACCGGGCAGAGCCGCGGCGGGCAGCGAACCCAGGCUGGGACUCAAGAACUUGGUGAAGAGGCUUCCCAUUGUUCGAAGCUUUGAUGUGCUCAGUGGAGGGGAUAGGAAGGAUGGGAAGGACAAGAAGAAGGAUGUGGCAGAUGGAGGGAUGAAAACUGGAGCAGUUCAGGUGGAGUCGAGUGAGGAGCCCGGAGUGAAGGCACUGUCGGCUGAUGUGGGGGAGUUCCACGACACUCAUGCUUUCCGGAGUGUGGCCAGUGCUGACAACAACCUGCCAACCACAGAGGGAGGUAGACUCUCACCCCCCACAGUCCCAGAACCUCCUACUGUGUCAUCCAAGGAGACACUUGAGGGACUGAGGCAACAGAUUGAGCAGUUGAGGACGUUGUGUCAAACUGUCAACUCCCAGACGGCAGGCUUCCAAAGGAUUAACGCAGAGAUUGAGGAAGUUAAUGGUAUCCUAAGGAAGAAUUUCAAAAAAGCGGAGAAAGUUCACAAGAGGACAAAGCAGGUGAUGUCAAAAGUUAAGAACCAGGGCUAUAUGGAUCUCCUUGAAGCUGCAUCUCAGCCCCAGAUAUCACCCCGCAGGGGGAGGGCAAGCGCAGAUGCGAGAGUAUCAUCCACAGAGGCGUGCGCCUCCGAGGUCAGUCUGGUCGUGGAGCUUCGACGUGCCGUGUCCAGCCUCUACGACAUCCAGAGCGCUGACGGGAUCUCAGACAUGUCUGAAAACACAGACCGAAGCUCGCUUGCUACAGCCCUGAACUCCAUGUCUGUUGAUGCAGACACAGUUUUCACCUUGAAGGACGAUCUGCAAUACGUGUGGUCUGACUGGGCCCUGCAGAAGUCGAAAUCUGUACCAUGCAGGAAUGACGACCUGCAAUACGUUUGGUUUGAAGAAGCCCCGCAGAAUGACAGCGACACGACAAGCCUGGACUCUUUUGUCACAGCAUUGUCUGAGCUGGCCGAUUUGGAUGACCAGCCCGAGGAGUCCACUGUCCAGGAGAAGAAAAAGAAGAACAAGCUGCAGAGGCUCAGGAAGUGGAUCCAGCGCAAGGGUCGCAAGAUCUUCAACAAGAUCCGUGGGCGCUAA